UCCCUCUCCCCGGUGCGCGGCCAUUGCAGUGACCCCGGCCGGCCAAGGAUGAUCACGAACACGCGGGGCUUCCUGUGGUCGGACCUGGAGACGCGGGCGCUGCUGGAGAUCUGGGGCGAGGCGGACGUGCAGUCGGCGCUGGACGGCAACUUUCGGAACAGCCAUGUGUACCGGGACGUGGCCUGCCGCCUGGCCGAGCUGGGCUUCGAGCGCACCCCCGAGCAGUGCCGCAUCCGCAUCAAGGGCCUCAAGCGCCAGUACUACCAGGCCCGGGACGGGCUGAAGAAGAACGGGCACGCCCGCAAGAUAUGCAAGUACUACGACGAGAUGGACCGGAUCCUCAGCUGCCGGGGGGGCCCCGACGGCGCCCCGGAGCCGCUGGCCCCCCCAUGGGCCAGAAAGCUAGGGGAGAGCUUUUACGUAAUUAAUUGCUCGAGCUUUAAAGAAAUCAAUGCUCCAACUAUUACCCCACCUCUCAAUCAGCCCAAAAGAUCAAAAAAACGCCAUGCAAAUUUAACGUUGGAUAAAAUGAUGGAAAAAUUCCUGCAGCAGAGCGUGGACACGGAAGAGAAAUUUUACAGAUACGAAGAGCAGAGGCUCAAAAUUGAGGACAAGCGUCGGGAAGCUGAGCAUGCUCGAGAGCUCCAGAUGUUACAGAUGUUGGGACAGAUGUUGGCAGGAAUUUCUUCUACGGUAUCACAAAGGUCACAAUCUAUACCAGCGAGUCCACCUCAGAGAGCGAACCAUCGUUCAUAUGGGGAUAACUUUAAUUAUAAUGCUAUGACAGCAGCACUUUCUCCACCGAUAGUUAUAGAGAGAUCUUUUUCACUGCACAGAACACACUCUCUAAAGGAUAUGGAGAAUAUUUUUCAACUGGUGCGCAAUGUUAUCCCUCCUCUAACAGGGAAAAGGCAUAAAGGUCAAGAUGGACGUAUAGGCAUUGUUGGAGGAUGUCAAGAAUACACUGGAGCACCGUAUUUUGCUGCAAUUACAGCUCUCAAAGUGGGUGCAGAUUUAUCCCAUGUGUUUUGUACCAAAGAUGCAGCAACAGUAAUCAAAUCAUAUAGUCCAGAGCUGAUUGUUCAUCCAGUUCUUGAUAGUCCCAAUGCUGUCCAUGAGGUGGAAAAGUGGUUACCACGACUGCACUCAGUUGUCAUAGGACCUGGCUUAGGUAGAGAUGAAGUUCUACUUGAGAACGCUAAGGGUAUUAUAGAAAAAUCAAAAGUGAAAGGAAUUCCUAUCGUUAUUGAUGCUGAUGGACUGUGGCUCAUUUCCCAGCAGCCUUCUCUUAUUCAAGGCUACCAGCGAGCUAUUCUUACUCCAAACUACAUGGAGUUUAGUAGACUGUAUGAAGCCAUGCUUAGAGACCCCGUAGACAGUAGUGAUCAUCAUGGAUGUGUAUUAAGACUCAGCCAAGCCAUGGGGAAUUUGACAAUUGUUCAAAAGGGAGAAAGAGAUCUUAUUUCAGAUGGAGAGAAAGUACUUGUAUGCAGUCACGAAGGAAGCAGCCGGAGAUGUGGUGGACAGGGGGAUCUCCUUUCUGGUUCUCUUGGAGUCUUAGCGCACUGGGCAUUUCUUGCUGGAGCAGAAAAAACAAAUGGUCAAAAUCCCUUUCUAGUGGCUGCAUUUGGAGCUUGCUCUCUUACGCGGCAGUCUAACCACCAAGCCUUUCAAAAAUUCGGACGUUCAAUGACUGCCUCUGACAUGGUUUCAGAAGUUGGAACAGCUUUUAACAAACUUUUUGAAACCUGAAGCCAAAGCAGCAGAGAAGAAGAAAAGGAAGAACAAUGACUGCAAGAGUAAUUACAUUUACCGUAGAAUUUACAUAAGUAAUGCACCCUUUCAAGUGCUGUAGCAGCAUUGGUAUGCUAGGUAGAUUUUUUUUAUUUUUAAGAAUAGAAAAAUAUGAUUAAUGUAGAUAUUUUUUAAGAGUUUGGAAUACAAAAAUGUUUUGGCUGAAAUAAGCUGUAGUUGCAGAUCUGUUAUAAUAUAAUAAAACUAAACUGAAAGUAUUCCUCUGUUCUUUUUGAUAGUUAUUGAGCAAUAACUAAAGUGUGAAGAGCAAAAAAAAAAAAAUGCACUUGAUACUUAGAUAAAAUUCUUCCACCAGCUCAACUGAAUUUCUUGGAUUGCACCAAGGUUGUCAUGUUUUCAUUCUUAGACCCUCUGUCUAGAAUUAGCUAUUGCACUUCAUUUUUUUGCCAUGCUAGUAUAUUAAGAAGCAAAAAGUAAGCCUCUUUGGAAAGGGAAUGCAUGAGAGUUGCUGUAGAUUUUGAAUGUAAUUAGUUGCCUUUUCCCAUUCCUGGUCCCAGAGGCAGCAUUCAUGUUGACAAGAGACCCCUUCCUGCAGCGUCUUGGUUUUUUUUUUAAAAGGUUCCCCCAUCGGAGGAUAAGGAUAUACUGUAGGUAUCUUAGCAUUAAACAGUAAUUAUGCUUACCUGAAAAAAAAUUCUUUUCUAUUCCUUUAGCUGGCCUUGACUCAUCGAGAACUCGGUAUGAUGAACUUUGUGAAAUUACCAUUUGGAGAGGUACUAGGCGGGGUAAGAAACUUAGCGAUACUGAACUGAGCUGGUCAAACUCUCAGUGAUCAUGGAAGUGUGAAGUGCUUUUAAAACUCAAGAUUGCCUGCUGAGUUAGAGCUUGAGAAGCUCAGCAUACAGAUGCAUAGGUGGGUAGCUGUUAACCAGCAGGGACAGGAAUCAAAGGCACAAGAGGCAGCCAGCAGCACGUACCUGUACCCUCUUUGUGUUGUGCAGGCAGCCAGCCGUACGCUGCGAGUCAGAGGCAGGAACAGAAGAAGGGUGGCCGGUGUUGGAGCGCAGCACCGGGCUUUAGGGGCUUUUUGCUCGAUCCUUAACAAGACAGACGGGACUUGUGCUGCUGGGGCCAUACCGAUCUGGCUCGCUGGCAGGGCAGAUGAGUGCUGGGUACAAAGGGGAAGUUGCGUGGCAUUUUGCACAGCAUCAUUUCUUAAAUUUUUGGGAAUUCAGUGAAAGCUUGUAGGGCUUGAACCAAGAUGGAGAGAGGGGCAGGUUCAUGCAAAGUACAUUUAAGUGGGUACUGCCCUUAAACCUACCAUCUAGCUCCAAGCGUAUAUAGUCAGGAAAGCGCAGGAACAGGCAUAUAAGGUGUCUAGUUAUUGCAGUAGAUGUUCUGUGUUCAUUGCAGCCACUUUUCUCCAGUGAUCUAGCUCUAGAUUGGAAUAUGGUGUCACGCAUACUAGUCCAACUGCCUUCUCGUACCUUGCGAUAGCUGCCCACAGAAAGCACCUGGAAUCAGAAAGGCUGCUCCGAGAAUUUCCCUUCAGCCCUUAUAGUUGAGAUUUCUGGAUGCACUGUGACUACUACCUCACCC